AUGAAUGGUCAUCUCCUUACAGUAAAACCCAGUAAUUACCAAGUCUUAAGCUAUUCAGUUGAGUUUGAGUUCCCAAAACUAAGAUAUAGACCUGAACAUUUUAACAUAAAAGCCUAUCAAGUCCAAUCUUCGACUGUGAUUAAUCUGAAAUUUAAAGUUUACGCAAAUCUCACAACAUGA